UUGAAUAAUAGAAGAAUCAUUGAAUUUGAAAACACGGUCACCUCCACAAUCUGUAGGCAGUGUUGGAAUCGUAGAUGCAGAGAGUUUCGGCCAUGAAAGAAGAUUACGAGACUGAUGAGAAGAAGCAAGCUGCUGCUGAUGUUUUGUUUCAAUAUUCAAAAUUUGUGAUGGCGUGUAUUGGAAAUCAAGUUCGGCCUUGCGACUUGAGGAUGCAUUUAAUGAAGGAGAUUUCCGGAAUGCCAACUUCUCUAAAGAAAGAAUCAUCACAGAGAGCAGCUUCUCCCGAUGCAAUGGGUGAGUCCUCAAGCUCAGGUACAGCUAGACUUGAUAAACCAGACAGUUUCCGGGUACUAUAGCUUGAAGCAAAAGCUGCAGGCGUUAGCUAUUGAGGCUUUUUGGCAACCUCGUCUAUAACAUCCUCGUUUCCCAUUUUACUAAUUACUUAUGGGUGCAUAGUGGUGUUCUUGUUCUAUUGGGGUUUUUUUAUAAUGUAUGUUACAUAGCAGAAGUUGACGGUUUAUUUCGUAUGGCGAUGUGUACGUGACUUGUUACUUUUAAAUUCUAAUGCAUAGUUAUUCCUUUUGUUUUG